AUGAUCUCCAAGUGCCAGUCUGUGAAGACCUGUCUGACGUGCAAGAGCAAGCACCACACUACACUGCACGAAGCCUACACUUUGCCCUCCUCCAACGAGGUGAACGCCCUGUCUGCGAUGCACUCCUCGUCUGAGCGUAAAACGAUCCUCCUCGCGACAGCUCGCGUGCACCUCACUGACCGCGCCGGGGAUCUUCAUCCGGUCCGAGCGAUGCUCGAUCAAGGAUCCGAGGUGUCGAUCAUCUCCGAAGCACUGGUCCAACGGCUGAGACUUCCCCGCUCCCGCUCCUCAGUGUCCAUAAUCGGCAUCGGCGAAUCACGAUCCGGGUCAACCCGCGGGAAAGUGGCACUCAGUCUCUCCUCGAUGAUCACCGGGGCCAAACUCAAGGCCGUCGCCUUCGUGUUACCACGCCUGUCGGCCUAUCAGGGUUCUUCGGUGAAGAACCUCCCCUCCUGGCCUCACGUCCAUGGUCUUGAGCUCGCCGACCCCAGGUAUCAGGAGCUCGAUCCGGUAGAACUAUUGUUGGGCGCGGAAGUCUGCUCAACCAUCCUUGAGGUCGGCCUUCGCAAGGGUGGUCCUCAAGAUCCCGUCGCCCAGAAAACAGCCCUGGGAUGGAUCCUGUCAGGGGAGUCCAGCGCAGCACCCUUCCAAGGACCCCGUAACUCCUUGCAGUGCACUGUCGACCAAGAGCUCAAUCAGCUUGUGCACAGCUUUUGGGAGCAGGAAAGGGAACUCCCCUCCUCUGUUGCCCUUAGACCGGAGGAUCAAGAGUGCAAGACCCUCUUCAUAAGUACUCACCAGCGAAUGGCGUCCGGAAGAUACGUAGUACGACUCCCGUUUUCUUCCCCGCCAACGUCGCUUGGUGGAACCCGUAAACCGGCUGAAAGCCUCUUGUCAGCGAUGGACCUUCAGAGCAAGAGAGAUCCUGAGUUCGGCGUCCGGUAUCGGGAGUUUAUGCAGGAAUACGAGGACCUGAAACACAUGAGUCCUGUGAAUACGGUCGGUACCGCAGGAUGCUACCUACCUCACCACGGAGUCCUCCGCCAGUCCAACUCCUGCAGCAAGCUCCGCGUCGUCUUCAACGGGUCGCAACGUACCGCCUCGGGGGACUCCCUCAACCGUCAUCUGCUGAUCGGCGCCAACUUGCUGCCAGCACUAGCUGAUGUCCUCCUUCGCUGGCGCCGGCACCGCUUCGUGUUCGUCACCGACAUCGAGAAGAUGUUCCGGCAGAUACUCGUCCACCCUGAAGAUCGUCGCUUCCAGCGGAUACUCUGGCGUCCAAAGGCUUCCGGCAAGAUCCAAGAGUACGAGCUGAACACCGUGAUCUACGAGCUCGCCUGUGCUCCGAUCCUCGCUGUCCGCACUCUCCACCAAUUGGCGGCCGACGAAGAGGCACGAGCCCCAAAGGGAGCAACCGCUCUGCGCCAUGACUGCUACAUGGACGACGUGAUCACCGGGUCGGACACCUUGCAGCACGCGGUCGCCCUGCAGACGGAGCUCCGAGAGCUCUGCACGGCGGGCGGGUUUCCGCUGCGGAAAUGGGCCGCCAAUAGCGAGGCCAUCCUUGAGGGUGUUCCUCCCGAUCAUCGACUCAAACAGGCACACCAUUCCUGGGAGAGCGAGGUACACUCCACCUUAGGCCUGCGUUGGCAUCUAGCCAGCGACGACUUCUCCUUCGCCAUCCAGCCUCGAAGCACUGGCGAAUUCACUAAAAGGCGAGUCCUGGCGGAAACGGCACGGCUAUUGCAACGGCACCCCUUGGGAUGGCUCGCUCCUGUGAUCAUCCGCGCCAAGAUCUUAAUCCAGUCGGCAUGGUUGAAAAGGCUGGACUGGGACUCUCCGCUCCCAGCGGAGGACGCUCAGUCUUGGCAGCGCCUCCUCUCCGAGCUCCAUUUGCUGGAGCACCUCCGAAUAAGGCGCUGGCUGGGUGUCAUUCGUCAGGAUCCGACGGUCGAGAUCCACGGCUUCGCCGACGCGUCUGAGCGUGGAUACGCGGCCGUCGCCUACCUUCGCGUGUCCAGUACGGAAGAGACGUCCAUCCACUUACUGGCCGCGAAAAGCAAGGUCGCGCCGAUUAAGCCCGUGACGCUCCCACGGCUGGAACUCUGCGCUGCCUCCUUGCUGACCAAUCUCGUGCACCACCUCCGGUCAUCGUUGGAGGUGUCGGCGCCAGUAUAUCUCUGGUCCGACUCCAAGGUUGUCCUCCACUGGAUCAAGGGUCAUGCUUCACGGUGGAAAACCUACGUGGCCAAUAGAGUGUCGCUGAUCCAGGAGCGGCUCCCCGAAGCGCAGUGGCGACACGUCCCGGGUCAAGAGAAUCCUGCCGAUUGUGCUUACAGAGGGAUCGCUCCGAGGGAUCUGCUGAACCACCCCCUAUGGUGGGAGGGCCCCUGCUGGCUUCUCGGCGACUCGUCACUAUGGCCAGCCAGCGACGAGGCAUCAAUGGUCAGCGUUCCUGAAACAAAAACCACGGUAUUAACGGCCAUCGGCAAGGUCAGACCGGAGCCUGAAAUACUCCUACAGUUCUCGACACUGCAUAGGCUCUUACGUGUCUCUGCUUGGUGUCUUCGUUGGCGCCGGACCGCUCGUCAUCCUCCCAGCGUCGCACUGCUCUCGGACGAGCUUGACGCCUCCCUCAUUCGCUGGCUGAGAAUCGUCCAAGGGAUCCACUACGCCGCUGAACUAGCCGCCGUACGAGAGUCUCGCCCAGUGCCUCGCGGUAGCCACCUGGCCAGGCUGCAUCCAUUCAUCGACGACGACGGGAUCCUGCGCGUCGGCGGCCGCCUGAAACACGCAAUACUCACUUACGAUGAACGACAUCCUAUGAUAGCGCCGCCCACUUCAUGGCUCACCAAGCUCGUGAUAGAGUCUUGCCACCGCCGGACGCUUCAUGGAGGCACUCAGCUCACUUUGGGGCUCCUUCGCCUCCGCUUCUGA